CUCUCCCCUCCUUUCUACCCCCUCCUCUCCAUUCUCGACGGAUUGAUUGAUCGAUCGGAGUCGUCGUCCUGUCUGAUUCUCCUCGAGGAUCUUUCCCUCUUAUCCUUCGUUCCCCUCAUUCCCGUGGUCUGGCCACACGACUCGACUACUCCAGGUUUCCCGCCUUCGGGCCCACCGGCUUUCCGUCGCUCUUCUUUCUCUACCCCCUGUUCCUUUUUCCACCCCCUGAGUUACUCACCACUUACGGAACUCUGCUGUCGAGGAUUGAGAUCCGCUGUCAGCUGUCAAGAUGAGUCGGACGGAGGCCGAUCUGGCGAUUAAUAUUCGCAAGGCUACUAGUAUUGAGGAAACCGCCCCGAAACGAAAACAUGUCCGGAGCUGUAUCGUCUAUACCUGGGACCACAAGUCCUCUGCCGCCUUCUGGGCGGGAAUGAAGGUCCAACCGGUGCUCGCCGACGAGGUCCAGACGUACAAGGCGCUUAUCACCAUCCAUAAGGUUCUGCAGGAGGGCCAUCCGAUCGUUGUUCGGGAGGCUCAGCAGCAUGUCAAUUGGAUUGAUAGCUUGAUGCGCGGUGUUGGUGGCGAUGGUAUCCGAGGCUAUGGACCUUUGAUUCGCGAAUAUGUGUACUUCCUCGAGUCGAAAUUGGCGUUCCAUCGGAAUCACCCUGAGUUUAAUGGCCUGUUCGAGUACGAGGAGUACAUCAGCUUGAAGACGACCAACGAUCCGAAUGAAGGCUACGAGACGAUCUCCGAUCUGAUGACCCUGCAGGAUCAGAUCGAUGGGUUCCAGAAGUUGAUCUUCUCACAUUUCCAGUCGGGAAACAACAACGAGUGUCGGAUCUCCUCGCUGGUGCCUUUGGUGCAGGAGAGCUACGGGAUCUAUAAGUUCAUUACCAGCAUGUUGCGGGCGAUGCACACAACGACCGGUGAUGACGAAGCCCUGGAGCCCCUGCGCGGCCGAUACGACGCCCAGCAUUAUCGACUCGUGCGCUUCUACUACGAGUGCUCCAACCUGCGCUACCUGACCAGUCUCAUUACGAUCCCCAAACUGCCCCAAGAUCCGCCCAACCUGCUCUCCGAUGACGACGAACGCCCGGCCCUCCCACGGCGUCCCGCCCGGGAGAUCGAGGAACCGUCCCCGCCGCCCAAGUUGACCGCUGCCGAGCCCGAGCCGAUCCAGGACUUCUGGACCACCGAAGCCAAGCGUCAACAGGAGGAAUUCGAGGCGGAGCAGCUGCGCCUGCAGCAGCAGUGGGAGGAACAACAGCGUCAGCAGAUGCUGGCGAACCAACAGGCGCAAGUGGACUUCGAGGAGCAACAACGCCAACAGGCCGAACAGGCGCGUCUGGCGCACGAGCAGCUCCUGCGCGACCAAUACCAGACCCACACCCAGGGUCGCUUGGCCGAGCUGGAGCAGGAGAACCUGAACGCCCGGGCGCAGUACGAGCGGGACCAGCUGAUGCUCCAGCAGUACGACCGCCGGGUCAAGGACCUGGAAGAGCAGAUGAAUCAUUUGACCACGAACCUGAACCAGCAGAACGCCUCGCGGGACGACCAGAUCCGCUCGCUGCAGGAGCAGGUCAACACAUGGCGCACCAAAUACGAGGCGCUAGCUAAGCUCUACUCGCAGCUGCGACAAGAGCAUCUCGACCUGCUGCAGACCACCAAGAGCCUCAAACUCAAGGCCGCGUCGGCGCAGGAGGCCAUCGAGCGCCGCGAGAAGCUGGAGCGCGAGCUCAAGACCAAGAACCUGGAGCUGGCCGACAUGAUCCGCGAGCGCGACCGCGCCCUGCACGAUCGCGACCGUUUGACCGGAUCCAACAAGGAGGAGCUGGAGAAGGUCAAGCGCGAGCUGCGGUUUGCUCUGGAGCGGGCUGAGAAUGCCGAGCGCUCCAAGGGCACGGAGAUCUCGGCUAUGCUGUCUAAGUAUAACCGGGAGAUGGCUGAUUUGGAGGAGUCUUUGCGGAUGAAAACCCGUGCGUUGGAGGAUGCCUCAACGCGCACUCACGAGUCUUCCGAGGAUCAGGAACUCGCUCUCCGCGAGAAGGACGAGGAGAUUGAAGUGUACAAGUCCGGCAUGGAGCAGGCGUUGAUGGAAUUGGAGGAACUUAAGCUGAACCAAGGCGAUGUCGAUACCGCGUUGGAUUCGCAGAUCGACACCGUGCUGCACGGCACGGUGGCCAAGAUCAACGACAUUAUCGACUCGGUGCUCCAGACGGGUGUGCAGCGGGUGGAUGACGCGCUGUACGAGCUGGACUCGAACAUGCAGGCCGGAAACCAGAACGCGUCGGCGCCGUACGUGCUCUCGCAGAUCGAGAAGGCGUCCGCGUCAGCGACGGAGUUCUCGACGGCGUUCAACAACUUCAUUGCGGACGGUCCCAGCAGCCCGCACGCGGAGAUCAUCCGCACGGUCUCCAUCUUCUCCGGGUCCGUGGCGGACGUGCUGAGCAACACCAAGGGUCUGACGCGGUUCGCCAACGACGAGAAGAACUCGGACCAGCUGAUCAACGCGGGGCGCAAGUCGGCGCAGGCGACGGUGCGGUUCUUCCGCGGCCUGCAGUCGUUCCGACUGGAGGGCCUGGAGGCACUGCAGAAGACGGACGUGGUGAUCAACAACAACCUGGAGGUCCAGCGGGAUCUGCAGGCGCUGUCCAAGCUGGUCGACGCGUUCGCGCCCAAGAACUCGAAGCUCAGCACGAGCGGCGACCUCGGCGACCUGGUCGACAACGAGCUGACCAAGGCAGCUGACGCGAUCGACGCGGCAGCGCAGCGACUGGCCAAGCUCCGGUCGAAGCCGCGCGACGGGUACUCGACCUACGAGCUGCGGAUCAACGACUCUAUCCUGGAAGCAGCCAUCGCAGUGACGACCGCAAUCGCCGAGCUCAUCAAAGCGGCAACAGUCUCCCAGCAGGAGAUCGUACGGGAAGGACGCGGCAGCUCCUCCAAGACAGCCUUCUACAAGAAGAACAACCGCUGGACAGAAGGCCUGAUCUCCGCCGCCAAGGCAGUGGCCAACUCGACCAACACGCUGAUCGAGACAGCCGACGGAGUCAUCUCCGGCCGCAACUCGCCGGAGCAGCUCAUCGUGGCGAGCAACGACGUCGCGGCCAGCACGGCGCAGCUCGUGGCAGCCAGUCGCGUCAAGGCGACGUUCAUGAGCAAGACGCAGGACCGGCUCGAGACGGCCAGCAAGGCAGUCGGCAAGGCCUGUCGAUCUCUGGUCAGACAGGUGCAGGAGAUCAUCAAGGAGCGGAACCAAGACGAGGGCGAGAGGGAGGAUUACGCUAAGCUCAGCUCGCAUGAGUUUAAGGUGCGGGAGAUGGAGCAGCAGGUCGAAAUCCUCCAACUGGAGAACAAUCUAGGCCGAGCCCGCCAGCGUCUAGGAGAGAUGCGCAAGAUUUCCUACCAGGAAGAUUAGCGGGGCGAAUUUCUUCUUUUCUUUCAUUGUACCUAGCUGUUCGAUUUCUUUCCACUUUUUUCUUUGUGUAGUUGGAUAUACCAGACACAGUACAGUACUACUUUAGUUGAAGUUCUACUUUUCACCAAUCAUAC